CUACCCCGCAACGCCCCUCCUUCCUGCCUCAACGGCCGAAACGUGAUGUCCAAAUCAUGAGGCAUUGACAACGAAAACGCAAAGAACGAGUUCUGAAUCUCGUCCUCGUGUAUCGACCUCGUAGGCAGCGUCCACUCAAAUUCUCUCAUUCACAUCGCCGCGAUCGUCCGCAUCUCGUACAGCGCAAAGUUCUGCGCGGGGCACUUACGCGGGCCGGUGAUGAAUGCCAUCCAUUCCUCCUUCAAACUUACGCUCAGAUCCUGGUUGCUGUUGUCGUUCUUCCGUGCCUUGGCGCCGCCACCAGCCCCGCUGCCCUUCGCAACCAAUUGGCGUUCCAAUGCAAGAUCAUCAGUCCCUCAAGAAGCUGGACUGGAACCGAGCCAGCUGGCUUCUGUCCUCAGACUCAUGGGGCUGAAUUCAU